GUCCAUGGUGCGGGCGGCGGCGGCGGCGGCGGGGCGGGGGCGGCGGCGGGGGGCCGCAUGGCCGCGAUGUCCCCCCAGCAGGAGCACCUCGGGCCGGCCCGCUCGGCCUCGGUGAGCGGCGAGGGCAGGGGCUUCGCCGCCGCCGACAGCAAGAAGAAAAUGAAGAGCUUGGCCCAAAGACGCCAGUCUGCACCAUCUUUGAUCUUUGUCAAAGCUCUUAACAGAUCUAGAUCCGUCUCAAGGGAAGGCUGCUUCUCCCCCAUCAGCCCCGAGGCAUGUCCCCUUGUGCAGUCGUUCAUGUGCCACAACAGGACGUUCCUCCUCGACGGCCACGUGCAGCUGAAGACGGGCCUGCAGACCCAGGAGCGACACCUUUUCCUCUUCACAGACCUUCUGGUUGUUGCCAAGUCCAAGUCACACUCUCAUUUCAAACUAAAGUGCCAAGCACGUCUCUGUGAGAUGUGGACAGCAUUUUGUACAGAAGAAGUCUGCGAAGGCAGCACAGACCCAGAAAGGUCCUUUGUUUUGGGCUGGCCCACCACUAACUGUGUGGCAAAUUUCAGGUCGGCAGAACAAAAGGAAACAUGGCUCUCUUUUUUGCAAAGUCGAAUAAGAGAAGAGAAGGAAAAAGACUAUCCUAAAAGCAUUCCUCUGAAGAUAAUUGCAAAGGACGUUGGAACCUGUGCAUAUUCAAAAACCCUAACUGUAACCAAUGUUGAUACAGCAAAUGAUGUAAUUCUCAUGGCCCUGCAGCAGCUGGGAAUUUCUGGCUCUGAAAAAGACUACAAGCUGUGGGUGAUUUCAGGAAGAGAAGAUGCUCCAUACCCUCUCAUUGGCCACGAAUAUCCCUUUGGAAUUAAGAUCAGCCACAUCCGCGACGCGAUGCCCCACGGGUCGAAGCACUGUGCCUGCCCCCGGCAGCUUCAGGGAUCCUUCCUGACAGAGCAGCUGCCCCAGGAGCUGCAGUGCCAGUUCGUGCUGAAGCCGAGCCGCCUGGCCGAGUGCCCGCCGCUGCACGACUUAAGCCAGAAGUCGUUUAAAAGGAAAAGAUCUAUCAUAAACUGGGCUUUUUGGCGUGGCCCAGGCACUCACUUGGACAAUGUGCCCCUCUCCUCAACAUCUGCUGCUCCUGGGAAGCUCUUUGGCCUCUUGCUAACAGCCAUCUGUGAGGAUGACAACCUGCCCAAACCUCUCUUGGACAUGCUUUCCCUCCUUUACCAAGAAGGUCCUUCUACUGAGGGUAUUUUCAGACGCUCUGGAAGUGCAAAAACCUGCAAAGAGCUCAAGGAGAAGCUUGAUUCAGGCGCCGAAGUGGACUUAGCCUGUGAAUCCAUAUUUGUGACAGCAUCUUUGUUUAAGGAUUUUCUUCGCAACAUCCCAGGCAGCAUUUUGUCAUCCCAGCUCUGUGAUAAGUGGGUCUCUGUGAUGGAUCAAGGAAAUAAUGAAGAGAAGAUAAAAAGCAUCCAAAGGUUAAUAGAGCAACUCCCCAGAGCUAACGUUGUUCUCUUACGUUACAUCUUUGGCGUACUACAUGGUAUAGAAAUGCGAUCUGAAGAGAACCAGAUGAACGCAUUUAAUCUAGCUAUCUGCAUUGCACCUAGCCUGCUCUGGCCUCCUGUUUCCUCCACUCCUGAUAUGGAAAGUGAAUUCACAAAAAAGAUUUCUAGUCUGGUGCAGUUCCUCACUGAGAAUUGCUGCAGGAUUUUUGGAGAGGAGAUUAACUCCCUCUUUGGAGAAAUACUGAUGACAUGCAAGAGAGAAAAUGGCUCAGAUGUGGCUUCCCUCCAUCUGAACGACUCUUCCUACGACAGCCUGGAAAAUGAGGCGAACGAUGAGGCCGACUCCUCUUCCAGCGACUGGAUUAAGAACCGAGAUCAGGAUAACAGGAGCAGGGAGUCUGUCUUCACCCUGAGUGACGGCGAUUCGGAGCAGACAGAGGUGGAUGAAAUCCAAAGUAAAACCAAAUCGAAACAGUUGACGAUUUCUGUUGAUGUACACCGUAAGUUUUCCUCGCAAGAAAACUCAGAGAAGGAGUCUCUCUGCUCCAGUGCAUUGGGCUUCUCUUCAGCAGCUACCUCAGGUGUUCUCAAAGCCUUGAGGAGACACAGGCGCUCCUCAGAGCCUGCAAUCGGCCUCCUUGCCCCCAGCUUCACCCACAGUGGCAACAGUCAUGAGAAGGCAGCGCGCAAAGCCAGCUGUGACGUUGUCCUGUCUCACGAAGAUGAAGACUAUCUCCGUCAGCUUCGGUCAUUGCAGAUGGAAGGGCAAAAGCUUAUCAAUCAGAGCCUGAUUAUAGGGAUUAACAUUGGUAAAAGUGACAACACAAACCAAAAUGUUGAAAAGAAAGACUUGUCCCAUUGCCUCCUGCCUCCAACGCCUGAGGGAUUAAAUAUUUGCUCAGGAUUUAGCUCUUCUAGCCUGUCUUCUCCUGGGACAUCUCCGUCUGUGUCGUCAAUGAGCUCCCUGGACAGUGCUUUCUCUCAGUUUUCAGACCAAUCUGUGUUUACCCCAACCGAAACCUCCUCCCCUUUUGAUAUCAGCACUUUUCAGUCAGUAAAGAAACACGAAGAGACUGCCGCUGACGUGGCUGAUGACUAUUUGGUCACACCCACCAGGGUGCCACCAUCUCCACAACCUACCGAGGCGCUGGCUGAGGGGGGCUUGGUGGAGCCCAACAGCAGGCCAGCACCCCUGAAACCUACUGAAGGAGUCGACGGCUAUUUGAUUAAGCCUGACAUUCAGCCAUUACCUCUGAAAGUCGCAGGAAAAGAGAGACUUCAUGAUCCAAGAUCAAAGAGGAGGUCUAGGAGAGCAUUACAGCAAUCCAAAGUUUGAAGAGACUGACCAAAGCUUUUUUGCGGAGGAAUCUUAACGCUUAAAAUAAACACCAUAAAGAAAAUGCCUUUGGUGUUAGUGUGUGUUCAUUUUAAGUUUAAUAUCCAGGCUGUUCAAAUUUAAUUGAGCAGUCCCUGAAUUCGUGAGUUUUCUUUCUCUAGGAAACUGUUAAUGUUCGCACAUAAAGCUUUGCAAGAAUAUUGUAAGAAUAAUAAAAAUUGCUAAAAGCAAGCAAACAGAAACCUCCUGAAAAAUCUGAUGAGGUCCCAGGAACUAAGAGGAGGGACCUGUUCUGUGAGCCUCUCGAGGCAGCAGGGUUCCUGCUGGGACUCUCCCCUUGACCACUUGUGUGUUGAGCCUUGCAGAUGUGGGUCCCGGUCCUUUGUGGUUUUGAUGUAGCGUGCAAAGUCAGUGUAGAAUCCAUAACUGUGGUAUUAUACUACUGUUCUGAAACUGAUAGGUAUUACCUUCACUGUCCUCCAAGGAAUAAGUGUAUUGUUUUCUGUACGUUUCUGAGGUAUGUUCAAUAGGUGUAGUUAUUUCUUUCACACUGCGAAAGAAAGAAAAAAAAAAUAAGCUCAAAAAUAUGUAAAGAUAAAUGCUGAAGCUUGUAACUAACACCUCCCAACUCUGUGUUUCAUUUAUUGUGCUUCGUUGGCUGUUCUGUUCAUGUUUAAGUUGUGAAUAGUUUAACAUUGCUGUAAAUGGCAUUAUAUAUUAUUGCAAGCAGAACACAUGUAAUUUUAUUAUGCAGCAUCUAAAACAUCAUAUAAUAUAUUAAAAGUAAUGCAUUAUCUAAAUGCUUUGAGUUUGUAUAAUAUAUCCUGAUAAAUUUUGCUAUUAUAUAUGUUCUGAAAAAAUGUGUAUUUUUGUACUUGCAAAAACUGCUGCUAAUUUUAUGAGUUCUGUUUUGUUGUUACAGCACUGGUACUGAUGUGUAUGCAUUCAAUGCUAUAUAUUAAAUAUUAUUUGUUAAGUCAUAAAUUCAGUUUAUAUUCUUUGUAAUGUUUUUUAGGUGUUUUUUAUAGUUCUACAAGCUAUCGCUGAAGCAGAAGUCCCAGUGAUGCCACUGUAAAUCUUGCCUGGAGAAGGACUGCAGGAUUUUUCCUCCCCUUUGGGUGGCAUCAUUCAUACCAUGUGUAUCAUCAAUGCUGUUAACUUUUGUAAAUUUUGGUAAUUUUCAAGCAAGAAUUCCUACCCUUUUGAUUUUCACCUGGAGACUGGGUAGUGUUUUCAGCUGAGGGGAUGAUGUGAACAAUAUUGAGGUGCAGAGAGAGAUUUUCAGGUAACAGCUAUUAGGGUGGGGAGCAAGUAAGAGAGGGGAGCAAGAUUUAUUCUUUAACAUCAGCAGGAUUAUCGAGAAGGCAAGAGGGAAUAGCAGUGCUAAACUAAGCAUCUGUGCAUGUGUGCAUGCAUACAGUUCAUCUGAAAUUGCAUAAAUUCAUUAAUUAGCUUUCCGUUUUCAUCCCCCACUCCAGUUAAUUCUGGCCAUUGGUGGAGUUUCAGAUCCUGGUCUAUUCAACUGCACUCUGGUAAAGGUGCUUCUGCUCC